AUGGCUAACAACCCAACAUUUCCGAUUCCAGUUUUCGGGGGAGAAAACUAUAAUUUUUGGAAAAUUGAAAUGAAGACAUUACUAAGGUCUCAAGGGUUGUGGAGUUAUGCCGAUAAAGGAUAUAUGGAAUAUGAAGAUGAAAGUAUCCUAACCGAAGCACAAAAGAAGCAGCUCGAUGGUGAAAGGAUGAAGGAUGCUAAGGCAUUGUACCUCAUACAAAAUGCGGUCAAGGAUACGAUAUUUCCCAGAAUUUUGAGGGCUAAUACGGCAAAGGAGGCGUGGGAGAUCCUAGAACAAGAAUUUCAAGGAGAUAGCAAGGUGAGAAGUAUUAAACUUCAUUCUUUAAGAAGAGAUUUUGAAAUUUUAAAAAUGAAAGAAGGUGAAUUUAUUGAAGAUUAUUUUUCAAAAGUUAUUGAAAUUGUGAAUCAAAUGCAAUCAUAUGGGGAAAAAAUUUCGGAUGAAAAAAUUGUGAAGAAAAAUUUGGUAUCUUUAACGGAUAAAUUUGAUAAUAUUGUCACUAUAAUUGAAGAAACAAAAGAUUUAUCCAAAAUUACGGUUGAACAACUUAUGGGAUCUUUGGAGUCUCAUUAA